GGCAGCUGCCGCUGGUCGGUUCCCUGGGCAACGCCUCGGGCCGUUUCCCGGGCAACGCUGGGCGGUGCCGGUAGCCGAGGCUAUGGACCUGGGGGCCGGGGCCGGGGCCGGCGCCGGGCCGCAGCGGGCUCGCGGCCGCCUCGGCGCGCCGUCGUCCGGGAUGCGGGCCCCGGGGACGCCCUGGGCACGCUUCUCGGCCUGGCUGGAGUGCGUGUGCGUGGUCACCUUCGACCUGGAGCUGGGCCAGGCGCUGGAGCUGGUGUACCCCAGCGACUUCCAGCUCACGGACAAGGAGAAAAGCAGCAUCUGCUACCUGUCCUUUCCCGACUCCCACUCAGGCUGCCUUGGGGACACGCAGUUCAGCUUUCGUAUCCGUCAGUGUGGAGGGCAGAGGCGCCCCGGGCAGGCGGGUGAGAAGUACGGCGACAGUGGGGCCCCCGCGUCACUUCAGAGGGAGCCUGCACACUACCUUGGCUACGUGUACUUCAGGCAGGUGAAGGACAGCUCCGUGAAGCGGGGCUACUUCCAGAAGGCUGUUCCUGAGACAGCCAUCCUAGAAAGCCGGUGGGACGCCCUGCCCCGGCAGCCCUGGAGAGCCGGGCCCCCCGGCUGGGGCGGCGUCUCACCGGCCCCGGGGUCCCUGCAGUCGCUGGUGCUGCUGUCCCGCCUGCCCUUCGUCCGGCUGUUCCAGGCACUGCUGGGCCUGGUGGCCCCCGAGUUCUUUGACAAGCUGGCGCCCUGCCUGGAAGCAGUCUGCAACGAGAUCGACCAGUGGCCGGCCCCCGCACCGGGGCGGACCCUGAGCCUGCCCGUCAUGGGAGUCGUCCUCCAGGUGCACAUCCCAUCGAGAGUGGACACGCCUGAGCCCGGGCCUCCGGAGCCCAGCGGCCACGAGACCCUGCUGCCAGCCCCGGUGGUCCUCCCCAGUGUCCACGAGCUGGACCUGUUCAGGUGCUUCCGGCCUGUGCUGGCCCACGUGCAGCUGCUGUGGGAGCUGAUGCUCCUCGGGGAGCCCCUGCUGGUCCUGGCGCCCUCACCCGCCGUGUCCUCAGAAAUGGUCCUGGCGCUGACCAGCUGCCUGCAGCCCCUCAAGUUCUGCUGCGAUUACCGCCCCUACUUCACCAUCCAUGACAGCGAGUUCAAGGAGUUCACCACGCGCACGCAGGCCCCACCAAACGUGGUCCUGGGAGUCACAAACCCUUUCUUUAUCAAAACACUUCAGCACUGGCCCCACAUUCUCCGAGUUGGCGAGCCCAAGACGUCAGGGGACCUUCCCAAGCAGGUCAAACUGAAAAAGCCCUCGAGGCUGAAGACCCUGGACACGAAGCCAGGUCCGUGUUCCUCUUCUCCUCCCGGGACCCAGAGACAGGCCUUGGGGGCGGGCAGGGGCGGGCAGUGGGGCUGGCACAGCCAGAGGGGGUGCCCCCACCCCCAGAGCAGAGCACGUGGCCCUCUGCCCUCCCCAGGCCUCUAUACCGCAUACACGGCCCACCUCCACCGAGACAAGGCCCUGUUCAGACGGCUGCUGAAGGUACCGCUGGGGGUGGGGUGCUCCCCGUGGGAGGGGGACCCAGGCCUGGCGCUUCGGCUCAGCCCUGGCGACCCCCAGGGCCUGCAGAAGAAGCGGCCGUCAGAUGUGCAGACGGCGGUGCUGAGGCGGCACCUCUUGGAGCUCACUCAGAGCUUCAUCAUCCCUCUGGAGCACUACAUGGCCAGCCUCAUGCCGCUGCAGAAGGGCAUCGUGCCCUGGAAGACUCCUCCCCAGAUCCGCCCCUUCCGCCAGGAUGACUUCCUGCACAGCCUGGAGCGAUCGGGGCCCCAGCUCACCUGUGUCCUCAAGGGCGACUGGCUGGGCCUUUACAGGCGGUUUUUCAAGUCCCCCCAUUUUGACGGGUGGUAUCGGCAGCGGCGCAGGGAGAUGGCCCAGAAGCUUGAGGCUCUUCACCUCGAGGCCAUCUGUGAGGCGGUGAGUGGGUGCUGGGGGAGGGGGCUUGGCGGGGAGGCCGCUGCCAGAGUUGGGGGCCUUGGAGACAGACAGCCCAUCGUCCACGCAGAACAUCGAGCUCUGGAUGAAGGACAAGUCCGAGGUGGAGGUCGUGGAUCUGAUCCUGAAACUUCGGGAGAGGCUGGUUCGGGCACAGGGUCACCAGCUGCCCGUGAAGGAGGCGACCCUGAAGCGGGCACGGCUGUACAUCGACAUGGCCAUCGGCUCCCUGCCCAAGGACCUGCAGGCCAUCCUGUGCCCUCCCUAGGAUGGUGCCCAUGGGCUGCGGGCCAGAGUCUGGCCGAGCUGCUUUCCUCCCCCGCCUCCCCACAAGUUCCCUGAUGCCCCCCACUUGGCACUACCGCCGUCCAGCAGUAAAGGUGGCAUUCGGAGCCGUAGCCUGGACCCUGACUGUUGGCGGCUCGUGUGCUAGCUGAGCUCACCUCCCCCUGGGCCCCACCUGCCUACUCCAGGGUCUUAGGCGGGUGGGGGUGGCACGCUGUGAGCCCUCACCGAUCUGAUCUGGGCCAAAGCCACCCACCCCCUCCAGACGCCCAUCUGCCUGUACCCUGCAGGCCCAGGCAUUGCCUUUGGUGCGUCCUUUAGACUCACCAGGAUGCCCCGCUCAGGACAGAAGACAGAAAGAGGUGGCUGCCAGGCAGACACCUCCCUCACACAGGCGCCCCCGCCCCCCUUCUUGCCUGGAGGGGAGUCUUGGCUCCAGUCCUCGCCUUGGAGGGGAGAAGCUGCUUCGCGCAGAGGAGUGCUGGCCUGUGGCUCGUGGGGCUUCUGCCAGGCCCCAGGUGCUGCCAGGCGGGUCCAGGGCCCUGUCUCGGUUCCAUUCGAGGGACACCCCGCUGGACACCCCUCCCGCCACUCUGCCCUGCCCUGCCCCAGCUCACAGGCACUCCAGUGGCCCCCCGUGUGUCCAUCUGCUCCUGCAGGCAGAAGAGGGUCUUAGACUCUAGCCGAAUCCGGCCCCUGCAGCUAGAGCCCUCCAGAGUUUCAGGGCCCCAGGCUCCUUGGCAAGGACUGAAAGGCCCCCGAAGUGGCCCACGUGCCCGUGGGACACCUUGGAGAACUGGACCCAGGCCCGGCCAGAACUGUCAGCUGCACCCCAGGGGAGCUUGCUCAGCCGGAGGUGGGUGGGGCGGAGCGAGGCUUGGACCCAGAGCAGCAGGCCUUCGGGAGGUCCCAGCGAAACGGCCCCAGAGGCUGCACCUGAGAGGCCCCCAGGGCCUUGGCGGGCCGCACAGGUGCAAGCGGGGGGCCUCCUGUCUCCUCUGGAGCCCCCCAGGCCGGGCCGCACCACCACUGCUCCCCAGCUGGGGGGUCGCCCCCAGAUGGCGGCAGCACUGGCCUCGGAACCACCAGUGUCUGCUCGUCCACCCUGAGCGCCGCCUCCGGUGGCCUGGCGUGUGGCUGCAGGCGGAGGAGAGUGAGGCCUUCGAGAGAGGGGGACCUCGUGGACCCCCCGCAGCCUGCCCGCUCUGGGACAGAGCUGCCAGGUGCAGGGUGCCCCGCCGCCACUGCAGGAUGUUGCCCAUUCUCCUCCCUCUGUUUUCGGAGGGUCACGGGCCUGUGCUGGAGGGCAGCCUCGCUCAUGAUCCUUCCAGGGCUGGGCUGCAAGGGGGUGCCAGGGUGUCCUCAACCACCCAGACUUCUGCCUCCAGCAGUGCUGGCGGCGGGCACCGCCGGAAGCCCCUGGAUGCCGGCGCCCUCCUCCAGCACCGCUUGAGUCCGCGCUACGGGCACUCACAGCAGCUUGUUCCCCUGGUGGGGGGUGCGGGGGAGGGCUGCCUGGCAGGGUAGGCAUCACUGCCCAGGGUGGACUCCAACACUGGCAGCCUCUGGGCACAGCACAGCCUGGCAUGGAGUCCUGCCAGCCCCAUCCUACCCCCUAUCAAAGCUCCCUGGUUCUCUUGAAGGAUCAGGUCAGCCCUGGCUGGGACAGACGGUGAGGAGGGAGGAAAGGUCAGGAGAGUCAAAGGAGGCCAGCGCCCCACCAACCAGAGCUCUGUGCACAGCAGGGCCUGGAUGGGCAGGAAGCAGUGGUCCCCGGGGGCUCCGCGGUCAGCCAGUGUGGGAGGCCGCUUUCUUCGGGAGGUUGUGUGUGGGUCUGGAGUGGUGGCCGGGGAUGGGCGUGGGACAGUGGGCUGAUCCAGGGGGCAGGAAGGACAGUCGUCACCCCCAAGCUUCCUGCACACUAUUUAAAGCCUCACUUUUAGUCUGGGAUGGGGGCCUUCCCACAUCUUUGGUAUUAAAGUGUCUUUCUGUGACA